AUGGAACCACCAGCGUCCUCCGCCACCGCCACCGCCACCGCGCCUCCAAGACCGCGUAGCUACUGGCGGUGGAGCAAGCAAGAUUUCUUUCCAGAACCUUCUUUCCAAACCAGUGAAACCUACCGGAACGCCUUAGCAAACACAUGUCCGCGUCUGAAGGACCGCCUCCUGAACCGCUCAUCGGAUUCUCACGAACUUCUCGUCCUUCCAAAAGCUAGCGAGAAUCGCAUGGCUCGUUGCCUCACCUGGUGGGACCUAACCUGGCUAGCCUUCGGUUCUGUGGUCGGUUCCGGCAUCUUCGUCGUCACCGGUCAAGAAGCUCGCGUCCAUGCUGGUCCCGCCAUUGUCCUUUCCUACGCCGCAUCCGGUUUUUCCGCUCUUCUUUCGGCUUUCAUCUACGCUGAAUUCGCGGUUGAAGUUCCUGUAGCCGGUGGAUCCUUUUCCUUCCUUCGAAUCGAACUCGGUGACUUUCUCGCUUUCGUCGCCGCCGGUAACCUCCUCCUCGAAGCUAUCGUCGGCGCCGCUGGUCUCGGCCGUUCAUGGUCAUCCUACUUCGCCACAAUGGUAAAAAAUGAUUCAGAAUUCUUCCGGAUCCGAAUCGACUCUUUCAAAGAUGGCUUCAACAUGCUCGAUCCGUUAGCCGUUGCAGUUCUGUUAAUCACUAACGGAUUCGCCGCUAGCGGAACUCGGAAAACCUCUAUCUUAACUUGGAUUACUUCAGUUGCCACAACUCUGAUUAUAGCUUUCAUUAUAGUAGUCGGUUUUAUCCAUGGAAAGUCGUCAAACUUAACGCCGUUUCUUCCUUACGGGGUUAAAGGCGUUUUUAACGCUGCUGCGGUUGUGUAUUGGUCAUACACCGGUUUUGAUAUGGUUGCAACUAUGGCUGAAGAAACUAAAAAACCUUCUAGAGAUAUACCUAUUGGUUUAAUCGGUUCAAUGUCGAUGAUAACAGUUAUUUAUUGUUUAAUGGCAUUGGUGCUUGUGUCAAUGGUUAAGUACAGUGAGAUUGAUGAUGGAGCUGCUUAUUCGGUUGCUUUUGUUCAAAUUGGUAUGAAUUGGGCUAAAUAUUUAGUGAGUAUUUGUGCUUUGAAAGGAAUGACAACAAGUUUGCUUGUUGGGUCAAUGGGGCAAGCUAGGUACACAACUCAAAUCGCACGGUCGCAUAUGAUUCCACCCUUUUUCGCGCGUGUUCAUCCUAAAACUGGAACACCUAUUAAUGCUACGCUCUUGACGACUCUAUCGAGUUGUGUUGUUGCUCUUUUUACUAGUUUGGAUGUUCUGUCUAGUGUUUUUUCUGUGUGUACUCUUUUCAUAUUUUUGCUUAUGGCCAUUGCGUUGCUUGUUAGGAGAUAUUAUGCAAGGGAAGCGACUGAUGAUAAGAGUGAUUUUUGGAAGGUUCUUUUGUGUUUGUUUGUUGUAAUUGGUUCUUGUAUUGUUGGGACAGUGUUUUGGAAUUCGAGUUUGUUUGGUUGGAUUGGGUAUACCACGGCUACCUGUGUUUGGUUUUUGGCGACAUUAGCGUUGAGUUUGCUUCCAAAGAAGAGGCAACCAAAGGUUUGGGGAGCUCCGUUGGUUCCAUGGUUGCCUUCUUUGUCGAUUGCGACGAACCUUUUUCUUAUGGGAUCGUUGGGUUAUGAGGCUUUCUAUAGAUUCUUGAUUUGUACUGGUCUGAUGCUUGUGUAUUAUAUACUUGUAGCUGUUCAUGCAACUUAUGAUGUGGAUCAUGGAAUUGGUCAAGAAUCAAAGCAUGAAGAGUUAUAUUAA